UGUGCGCUAUUAUAUAGACUCGUCCAUUCCACUUCAAUCAGUCUCCUACUCCUUCUGCCAUACCAACAUCAUCAACGGAAAUGGCAGCUCGUCAAGCUUCCAAGCUGUUCUACGCCUACUUGCCCGACGCCAAUAACGUCCUCGCCAGACGGUACGAAGUGCGACCCACGCAUCUCAAGAGGGCCGAGGACGACAAGAAGGCUGGUAUAUUAGAAUUUGGUCGAGGCUACCUCCCGCCUGCCAAUUCUCCCCUCUGGACCUCUGCUGACCUCCCUCCCGGCGCCAAACCCAUUGCUGGAUCACUCAUGAUCUUCCGCAUGAACACUAUCGAGGAAGUGUGGGCAAGGAUCAAGGACGAUGUUUACUGGACUGAAGGAAUCUGGGACAAGGAGAAGGGUGAUGUGAAGGAGUUCAUCUAGGGGACAACAUGCGGCGUUUACUGCUUAUUUGUGUUAAAGGACCUAAAUUACUGGGCUUUGUUAGAGAAAUGUUGUAUGGAACCGCCUUUUUGGAU